CCGCCCCGUCUCAGGCGAGCCAGUCCUUCAGGCCGUCAGUCAGCCUGUCAGUCAACCCAUCAAUCAAGCCAUCAAUCAGCCUGUCAAUCAGCCCGCCUUGGCCUCACCCCCCUCCCACCGACAGCCAAUAAGAAGGCGCACUCUGAAGACCUCGCCGCGGCGGCCUCUACUUUCCCGCCAUUCCCUGAGGCAUUUCCCAAAUCAAAAUGACCCAGAGGCUUUUAGACCGGCUGGAUGUUCUAAAUUUGUAUUCGGAGAAGAUACUGGCCAAGAGGGCAAAGAAACAGAAAUUGCAAAAAAUACAGCUGGGAAAUAAGUUGGCUACUCCCCUGACAUUUGAGUUUCAGUUGGAUUUUGACUUACCCAUUGUUAAAGGAAGAACAAUGUCCAAGCCUAAAGCGGGUGCACAGGUGAUUGAAGAUGGACCGGAUAUAAAUGAUCAGCGCAUAAGAUCUCCUCCAUUAACAUCUGGACCUAAGCCCAGAAACACCUUUCCUAGGCAGUCAAAAGGAAGGCUACUGUCGGUUCCUGCAGCUCUGGAAAGGAAAAUUUCCCCAACAGGUGAAAAACCAGAACCUAAUGGAAACUUUGGAAAAACGGAGAGAUUAGUUACUCAGAAAUGUCAAAAUGAUGAUGAACACGGAAUUCAUUUUCAAGAAGAUAAUAAGGAAGCAAGAAAAAAAGCAGAUCCAGAAGAAGACAUCUCAUCUCUAAAAGACAGAGGAAACUUUAAAAACAUACAAGCAGCUGGGAAUGACUUAUCAGGCCAGAAAAAUCCAAUAUCCUUGUCCAUUGAGGAUGAACUGAAAAACCCCAAUGCCAAGAUAAUCGGCAUCCGACCCCCAGAAGUUACAGUUUCUCAACCGAAUAUGAAUAAAACCUAUCCUGUCACCUAUCAUGAAGAAGCAGAGAUACAAAUGUUUCUUUUGACGAAAAUGCUGAGUUCAGCCGAGUACAGAAAGCUUCGUAACUGGGAAGUUGGAAAAAAACAGCGGUCCGCCAAAGUGAAUCUAGUUUUAGAAAAAAACUGCGAGAGCGUGAUAGCCUUAGUUCAUGAUCAGAGUCAUCCUACCAUAGAGAAGAAGGUAAAAGGACCAUCCUCUCACGGAGGGAGAAGAAAUAAUAGCCCAUUUCUGCCUGAUGUCAGAAAUGCAACUGUAGCAAUUUCCCAGCAAGGGAAAGCUGGUUGCUGUAAUUCAGUUAGUAACUACCUUGGAGGUGAGCUACCUACAGGUCAACUCUCCUCCCAGGAUGUCACAGUUCCAGAGGCAAAAGGAUUCAUCGAUGGCCUUGUGGUUCAGGGAAUUAAAUCCAAAGCUGAUAAACAACGCGGAAGCACGGCUACUUUGAAAUCAUUCAGUUCAUCGAAAUGCAGUACCUCGAGGAUCUACCGCCCAAUAUCUCAUUCAGAUUUUCCCAAAAACAGCAGGAGAGCCUCAGUGUCCCAACUGGAGUAUCUGUUAAUAUGCAAGUCCAUAAAUAUCCUUGAGAAAGCUGAAUCAUCAGUUCACAAAGGGGCCGUAACUUGCGCUGCAGAAAAUAAGGAAGCCAGCACUCUUCCAGAAGGCUUUGAAACACCAGGGGCUGAUCAAGGUAAGGAAAGACUAAUGGAUGAAAACAAACCUAACGAACAUCCUCAAGAAGCCAAGCCUUAAAGAACAAAGCAUGGGGUUCGGGCGUCAACAGCCAACAGUGGGCUGCUCAAGAGGCAUCCCCAUUGGCUGAAAUGUGUCGGGAAGACAGAAUGACAAAGCCAGAUGGUUGGGAUGAGGAGGGAGAAAAGGCAGAAGUGGUGGAUGAAUCCCUUUCACUUCAGAAAAUUCCACUAGGUGUCAACAUUCCCAACAGUGCAUAGGCCUGCCACACGGAAUCAGAGCAGGGAAUGGAAUAGACUCUUUGAUUGUUUGCCUCCUGACGCCCACGGAACAUCAGAACUCAUGAAUAAACAAUA